CAGUAUACACGUUCGUGCCUUCAAACGUGGACGUGGUGUUGCGCAAAAAUCUUCAGAUUUUCAAGGGUAGAAUUUAAACGGAAUCAAUAGAAGAUCAAUUAAUUUGAAUUGAGCCAUUGAAAAAAAAAAAAAAAAUACUAAAAACAUAACAUUCACUGUUAUCCCAAUCAUAUGUGCUGUGAUCAGUAUCUAAGAACAUUCAAAAUGUGUUGAACGUUGCUCUUGAAAAGUGACGCCGAAUGCGAGGAGCAGACGAAAGGGUAAACAAAGAAACUACACCAUUUGGUGACGAAUGACCACAUUUCGGAUAAAGUCACCUUAUUUCAAUAAACAAUAAACAUCUGUACAUUGCAUUGAUAUAAAAAAGACAUGGAUGACAACGAUGAUAAAACCAGCGAUUAUGUUUCCUUAGAAAAAGCCAUCAAAUUGUGGCCAAAAUGUUGCUCGGAAGAAAAUCAAUGGCUACCAUCGGCUGCAGGUUGGUUCUACGGAGAAUAUCGCAGUUUUCGUCAAGAUUUGUGUCAAAAUGCAACUGUUUGGAAUUAUUCCGAGUACUGUGAACGUGUCGCUUUCCAUUACUACAGCAUCGCAUGCUUCUACAAUGACUUGUUUCGCCAAUACGGUGCCGAUUUGGGAUGCGUUCGGAAGUGGUUGAUCAAUUGUUUGGAAAAACUUAAUGAAGAUACGACAACCGAGCUUUCUAAAGAGUCAUUUGUUCUCAAAACGGACGCCGAGCAAUGCUUGGCAAAGGUAAAUCAGCUUUUUCACCAAUUAAAAAGUCAAAAAAUCACCGCUCAAAAACAGACACAGUUAGGUCUUGAUUAUGAUAGUUCAACUAUAAAUAGCUUUAUUCAAAAAGAAAAAAAUCAGCUUCAUUGUGUAAACGUCUUGAAAGUAAUCAACAAACUAGAAAACGAAUUAUCACUACCUAAGAAUAAACACAUAAUAACUACAAUAGAUCAGUGCUCUUGUUUAGCAGAAAUUUACAAAAUAGCAAACCGAUCAGACUUGAGCGAUUACUAUAACAGUGCAAUGCAAAAGUAUGUGGAAAAAAUUGAUAAUAGAAUUACGCCAUCCGUUGUUGAUGAGCGAGAUAAUAUUGAUAAAACAAUUGCUAGUGAAGUUAAAGAUUAUAAAAGUACUGUCAAACAAAUCGUAUCAUAUUUAGAAGAAAGUUACUGCAAGCCACUCAGCUCAUUUGAAAUUGCUUACAUCGAAAAAAAGUAUCUAGAUUUGUGUACAGAUUUUUGGCAUUCAGAGGUAUCGGCAUAUUUGAAAAAACUAACAGAUGACAAAAAUACUGUUGUCAUUCGAAAUAUUUUUGCAAGUCUAGAUUCGAUCACGAACCUUGAAACUAUUCCUCACACGUUUAUUGAAUCAGAAUAUUUGAAUCUUUUGAAAUUGCUUAAACUAAGUGAGGAUGACGAAAAGAAGCUCGCACAAUGGUUUAAACAGCAAUGCUUGACAUGUGUUGUUGAGUUCAGUGCAUUGGCUGAACUAGAAUUGCGUUUUAUCGAAAACUUUGUAGACUUUUUGAGCUUGACAACCAAUUUAAAGGCAGUGAUUGUUGGGCUAGAGCUGGAGUUCUUUUUACGAGAUGAAAUAACGCUGCAAGAUUUGUUGGUAAAUGUUUCGAACCUGGAUGUCGAUGCGUACGGAGAAGGGUUGUCCCUGUUGCAAGCAUCAGCUCAAUGUUUCGAAGAGCCUUAUGAUAUGUUUAUGCUGGAUAGAUUCAAACAUGCUAUUAGCGGAUUUAUACAACCAGUGAUGUUAAACAUAAAAAUGAUUGAUGGUCGGUUGGUUGCCGAAGUGACAGGAACGGUUAUUGUUCUUAGUAAACAACAAAAAGCAUUGGAAAGUCAAUUGAAGGCAAAUUCAAAAAUAGAAGAAGUACGGUUUGUGGCUGCACAAGUCCUGCACAUUGAUUCAAGCUUUGAUGAUGCCAUAUGGAAAGGCAAGAAUAUAGUUGUAUUGGCAAAAACCAUUAAAGUUCAUGAAAGUAUCAAGUGGGAUGUUUCAGGAAAAGAUAAUGGUCAUGAAUACACUAAAAAGGCAGCUGAGGAAAGGGACGGAUCAGAUGGAUUUGCUGGCGAAAGUGGCGGCAAUGUUUUGGUUCUUUGCAAGCGUUUUGAUAGGCCAGAAUCCUUUACUCUGCUGUCUAAUGGAGGUAUGGGAAGUGCAGGUCAAGAUGGUGGCGAUGGAAAGGAUGGGCCCGAUGGGAAGGGCAUAGAGAAAAAGGAUCUGCACGCAAAGUAUGAAAUAUUGAAAGGAUUCCUAUAUUAUAUUGGCAAUUUUGUGUCUCAUAUUGAAAAAGAAUGUUCAGUUCCACCUUUAGAAUGGAGAUCUGCUAACAAUGACAUUUACGUUAAAGCCCUGACUGAUGCCGGAAAUGAGGUAGUUUUUUCGUAUUGUAGAUUAUCAUUUGAUACAAUGAUACAGUGUUAUUUUAUCUAUAAAGGAUCUCCGGGUAAACCAGGAACACAAGCAGGAAAAGGUGGAUUGGGUGGUGAAGGAGGAUUUGGAGGGCACAUAGAAAUAGAAAAUUACGAAGACGGCUAUUCCUGCUUCCAAGUAGCACAGCAAGUUGAGAAAGGACCCGAUGGGCAAACUGGUCAAGGAGGAUUGAGUGGAAAACAUGGAAAAAAUGGUUGGGAUAUGUCGUUUAUGGAUUAUGACUUGUGGCUUAAUCCCAAAUACUAUGGUGAGGAUUACAAGAGUACUUGUACUGCAACUUGUUACACUGAAAAUUCAAGUGAAAGGGUAGUGUGUCCAUACAAUGGUAAUAAGUUUGUUGGCAUAACCGUGAGUAAGCUUGAUCAUCCAUCGCAAGAAAGAUUCAGAAACGAAAAUACGAAAAAAAAUCAAGAAAGACAACACCACGCAAGAGCUGUGAGCAAAAAAACAAUAUCAAAGGGCAAUAUUCUGAAAAAAUAUGCCGAACUGUUCGAUCACUCAGUGGAAUCUACAUUGCAAAGUCUGCAUUCUGACUUGGAUCGUACGAAACAGCGUGCGCAGGAAGCUUUUUUGGAGGAUCAGGUGCAGCAAUCUAAAAUUAACACCGAUAUUAAAGUUGAACGCAACUUCCAGUACAACAAGCUGAAAACUCAUUUGGGAUACAUUGAGCCACUUAAUUUUAACGAAACGGUGAUGAAUUUUGAUGCAUUUUUAAAGCAAAUAAGGAACAGCCAAACCCCAACCGAAUGGGCCCAAUUAGACGACAUGGAGGUGUCAUUUGAUCAAGUUCAGAUCGUAUUUUCGGAAUUUAGGCGAUUUCAGAAUAACACUGCAGAAACAGAAGCAUUGGGAAGAAUAGAACAAGUCUUAAUGAAAAAGUGUCAGUAUGCAGUUCUACAAGUGAUUGCAAAUCAAAUUAAAACAAUAAGUUCAAACGCUACCCAAGUAUUGCCUUCAGCUGACUAUGCCGCCAAAUAUCUCAUUGAAUGUAGUAGCAUCGAUUCACCGAAAUUAACGCAUGAAAAAUUUGGGACUCUAGAGAAUUGUUUGAAUAGAAACGAGCAACAUGAUAAUAUUGUUGACUAUGCAUUGAAUGAAUCGCAUUGCGGUAAAAGUGAGAUAUUGAUGCAUUCAAUUAGGCGAUUUUUUCAAGAUGUAGCUCCAAAAACAAGCAUUGAGACGUAUUACAAAGAUUACAAAGUCUGGAUGGAUGAGGCAACACGAUCAAAUAAAAAAUUGUUGAUUCAGUUUGUAAGGGAACUAUCCAAGCCAGUACAUGCAGAGUUAUCUGAGCAUUGGCAGCGUAGCUUUCGAGACGUGGGUCUUAAAAGCCAAUUUGAAUUUAUUGUUCAACAAAGCGACGACCUAACAGAUCUCUACAAACGUUACAUAAAUAAUUGUGUAGAUAUGUUCGAUUGUAGACGAUGCCUAUCCGAUGAUUCAUUCAUGCAAGAGUUUAUAGUAAAUUUAAAAGCAAAGGGCGUUUGUUUUCGUGAAUUGUUGGCGUAUGCUUUCAACGUAAAUCUUAGAGUGUAUGAACAAAAUGAGGACAGAGAAUAUGUUUUAUUCGACAACCAUAAUCCACAAUCGAGCUGUGCUGUGCAUUUUUUGUUUAAAGAUGAGACAUUUAUUAAUCUCACUAUCGACAGUGCCGGUUUGGAAUUAGAUGAGCAAAGAAUCAAAGAAGGUGAUCAGUUUGCAAACAUUAUGAGGGAAAUAAAACUGCUGAAAGAUGAGACGCAGGUAUAUCAAUAUUUAAUAGAGCAAAUAUUCCUAAAGCACCCAUAUCCCAUGGCAAACCGUGGGAAAGUUGUCAAUCAAGAUGUGAUAAACGAUUACAUCAGUAGAAUUGUUGUAUAUUUUUCGGAAAGUGAUCAAUACUUGUUAAAGAAACGAUUAGGCAAGGUGAUUUCAGCGUACGAAAAAAACGGAGGGCAAAUUCUGGCCACACUGUUGGAUCGUUUUCUGUGCGAAGGUAGAUAUGUUACCUGCCAGGAGAUGUGUUGCAUUUUAAACUAUAUUUUGAAGUCAAGUAUUUGUGAGAGCUUGGAAGGAAAUCAUUUUGUUUGGAUAUUUGCUGCGUAUCGCCAACGAGAUUGGAUAGCCGAAACAUUGCUACUACAAUUAGAGGCAUAUUUCAAAAGGCAAAUUAAGAACAAAUCUGUUUGGCGAAAAUAUUUGCAAAACACCAAACAGAGGAACGUUAUUUUUUGGCUUAGCAUCAAACUAACUUCGGGUCAAUCAAACACCUUGAUAACAGAACAUAUUGUGGACAAUAUACUGAAACUGCUGAGUGAAAUACCAAAUGAAGCAGUCAGCGUACUAGAAUUAAAUUUAACCGAGUGGGUUUUUGCUCUCAAAGAAAAAUACUGGACAUACAAGCUGUCCCAGCUCAUUUCUUGGGGUGAGCUUCCUGAGAAAAUAUCUCUUUGUUCGUAUUAUGUGCAUUCAAUGGAGGAUACUUACGGCCAACUUUUAGUAGAAAAACUGUUUGAUCACAAACUAAUGAAAUUGUUCAGUGUCGGAGAAAUAUGUUAUGUAUUACAGAAGUUCUACAGUGAUGAGUGGAAUUUAAAUGAAGAUGUAUUUAAAUAUAUGGAAUGCUACGACGUGUCUAAGUGGAUUGAAUCAAUGCAGAAAAAAUUCUUAACGACAUAUGGAGAAAGAAACAUUGUUCAACUUUUAACACUGACAAAAUGCAACAAAAAUGUAUCAAAUAAUCUUCAAAAGAUUCAGGAAUUUGUAAGAAGGAUAAGGCAGCAGUCAGAAAUGGCAUUUCAAGGAAUACAAAAUAGCAGUACCGAAAAUUUACUAGAAAAUGCGAUAAAAAAUUGGAUACAACAAUAUGAGCUUAGAAAAGAUGUACAAUCAGACACAGAUAACCUACUGGAUGUCCUUGCUGUGAUUGUUCGAGCAAUUCAAAUACAGAAAAGAAUCACGUUGAGAGAUACACAACUGUUGACUAUAUUGACGAUGUUGUCAAACAAUCAGAGUACGUUGACCCAAGUUUCCACCGGCGAGGGUAAAUCGCUUAUCGUUGUAUCAGUAGCAAUUGUCAAAUCACUGCUAAAGGGAGAGAAAGUUGAUAUAAUUACUAGUUCAUCGGUGCUAGCAAAGCGAGAUGCAGAAGCAAAUCGUGAUAUUUUUAACUUGUUUGGAAUCAAUGUGUCCCACAAUUGCAGCGAAGAUGCUGAAAAGCGCCGAAUGGUUUAUUCCGGAAAUCCGGUUGUCUAUGGAGAUCUGGCCAAUUUUCAGCGGGAUUACUUGUUGGAUAGGUUCUAUCAGAAACAGAUUUUAGGUGAUCGCAACUUUCAAAACGUCAUCGUCGACGAGGUUGAUAGCAUGUUACUGGACAAAGGAAACAACAUGCUUUACUUAUCCCAUAAUUUGGCUGAUUUUGAUAAGCUGGAGUCGGUGUACAUUUUUAUCUGGCAGUGGAUAAAUAGACCUGCACGAGACUAUGCAGAUUUAAAGCAUGCCUUCGAUGCAGAUGCGAUUAAGGAAGCAAUAAUGUGGAACAUUCAUGGAAUGAUUAAGCCGGAAGAUAUUGAAAAGUUGGACUCAAAGUUGAGCGAUGGGGACAAACGUAUAAUCUGGGAGAGAUUAGUGGAGGCUGGGCUUGUGGAAUACAACAGCAAGUUAUGUGUGAAGGAAAUUGAUAAGCAAGUUGUAAAAGAUUUACUAAAACCUGAGUUUGAAAGAUACGCUGACAGAAUGAACUAUUUAAUUCAAGAAUGUAUCGAAAGGGAAAAGCAUAUUCACAUCCCGAAUCAUUUAGUAUCCUUUGUAGAGCAACAUUUGGAUUCAUGGAUAACGAGUGCCAUAACGGCUUUUUACAUGCAACCGGGACGAGACUACGUAGUAGACGUCGAUCGAAGUGGUACACGUGCGGAGUUGAAUCCAAACAUUAUCAUUCUAGAUCGUGAUACUGGAACAGAUCAAGCCAGUUCGCAGUGGGAAGCAGCAUUGCAUCAAUUUCUCCAGAUUAAACAUGGCUGUAAAGUUUCUCUUCAAAGUUUGAAGGCCGUUUUUAUAUCCAACGUUUCAUAUCUUAAGAAAUACAAAUAUCUGUACGGUUUAACGGGUACUCUCGGAUCGCAGAGGGAACGUUCUCUACUAGAGGAACUGUACAACGUUGAUUUCGUUACAAUCCCAACUGCAAAGUGCAAACAGUUUAGCGAAAUUCAGCCUAUACUUUGCAAUAGUCAGAAUGAGUGGGUGAAAAGAAUUGUUGAGGAAGCAGUUAAACAAACAGAGGAAAAAGGGCGCUCAGUUCUCAUAAUUUGUGAAACGGUUAACGAAGUUGAGAAUCUACACACGGCAUUCGGGGGUAAAACUGUUCCAAACAUUUUCACAUACACGAGGGACUAUGAGGAGUUCGAUAAUGGUACGGAUGAGAAAAAAUUAGAUUCUGGAAAAAUUAUCAUUGCAACGAAUCUUGCUGGUCGUGGAACGGAUGUCAAAAUAACGGAGAAAUUACGCAGCGCUGGCGGUUUGCAUGUUUGUCUAACUUUUCUACCAAGCAACAUUCGAAUUGAGCAGCAAGCUUUCGGUCGGGCAGCACGAUGUGGAGAUCUGGGUUCAGGGCAACUCAUUCUCUUGGAUUUGCAGGGACAGCAGUACAACAAUGCACGAGUGAUGGAACUUAAAAAACAACGAGAUGCAGAAGAACUACAGCGUAUUUCAGACGUGAAAACUUAUUAUGAGACUCACAUCCGUGUUGAAGAAAAUCUGUUCGAUGAAUUUAAGCAAUGUUACGAGAGUUUGCAGCAAAAACUCAGCGAAACCUUGCAUGAGCAAAAUGUCGUUGAUACAAUAGUUAAAGGAACGAAACGUGUGUUCAACAUAGAUUCACAAUCAUUGACAAAUAAACUUGAGGAGCUUCUGUUACAUAGUUGUCUGGACAAGUGGGUGUUUUGGUUGGAUAAACACAACAAACAAAUAGGAAAAGAAAACAGCAAAAUUAAAAGUUCACUUCAGAAUUUCUUAAAACAAUUAGUGCUAUUAAGAUGUGAUAAACUUAAAGAUCUCCCAAAGUGGGUGGAAGGCAAUCCACCACGAACAAUCAAGCUUGGAAAAUUUCUUAUGAAAAACAACGAAAUAGAACUAGCCAAGCAGCUCUUUGAUACAGUCAUAGGACAGGAACCGCACUUCUCAGAGGCUGCUCAUUACUAUAAGGCCUAUGCUCUGGCUAAACAAUCGAUCGAUUCUGAAUCGACAAAACGAGAUUUCAAGCGCGAACUGAGCGAAGCUUCAAGACUGUUUAGUGAACGUCAAAUCAAUGCCAUUCGUGCUGGAAGCAUUGUUGGAAACAUUAAAAAAGAUAAUUCUGCAGGUGUGUUACAGAUUGACGCGUUCGAGGAGCAGCAAAAAAGUUUUUGCGAAAUUUAUCAAACAUUUGCCCAGUCUAUUGACGAUAUUUUGAAUCACGAAAUUACUCCACAAAAAAUCAUGAACGAUGCAAUCAGUGAAGAUGCUGCGGAGAAACUUAUAAGUAAAUUAUGUGAAAAGGGUGUUUUGAAAGGAACGAGGAUUGCGAAGAAUUUAGACCUGGACAAGCUGAGCCCAAUAGCAAAAAGCUAUGGCAUUCCAUUGAAUUCUUUUGAGAGCUUCUUGACUCAGCGUAGAGGGUCUUCAAUUGACUUGAACAAUUUCACCAAAGAGUUGAAAAAUUCAGUACCACUCGCAAGUCGGGAACGUUUUUGGAAAGCUUUGGUUAAGCAAGGUGCUCUUGUCGAUGAAAAACAGUAUGCCUUUGUCGAACAGGAAGCUUUUAACCAAAUAGAGACAUCCAAAAAAAACGAACUUGAACCAAUCGCUCCAUUAAUUGAUGCAAAUGAUUUUGUAUUGUAUCCGGAGUUCAUAGAAGAACAGAAAAACUGCGCGAAAAUUUUUCUUAAGACCGAAUUUAAGAAAAUCGUUGGUACGACUUUGUAUGUUGCAAUGAAACAGAAAGGCUCAUUUACUACGAAUAAAAAAGCUUCUUUCCGUGCGAUAAAAGGAAAACCUGUAGUUUUUGAACACUUUGACUCACUAAAAAGAGGAGAUUUCUCUCACAUAGGAAUAACCGAGAGUGAAUGUUUGAUAGUGCUGACACAGUUGAUUGAGGCCAGAAUCAUUCAAGAAAGCGCUCAAAGUGAUAUUUUUGUAGCUGGUGAAUAUUUUAAUGCAUUCAGACAGCUCAAGUUAUCCGCAUGUCCCAUUUAUGAAGAUGCUGUAAUAGCUUUAUUGGCAACUACAUUCACGUAUCGAAUAGCUUUACAGGCAAUUACUGAGGAACAUCAAGCUAGCCGAAUUAACCUCCAGGUUCGACCCCACCACAGUUUGCUUGCAGAACUUUUGGAACAAAGAAUUGUGAAACCUGUUACUGCAGCAAGUCGUAAAGCUUGGGACAAAAUACAACAACGCCGGGCACUUGAACAUUUUAGUUCCGUUUAUGGGAAUUCCGGUAUUGAGUUUUCCGUUGAAAUUUAUUCCACGCUUAAUAGCAUAGAGAACAUCAUAACGGAAGUUUUGAGUGAGUUAAAGAUUACUGCGAAAGGAACGACUCAGCAUGUUCUAGAUACUUUAGAUCGCUGCAAAGGAUCACUCAGAGCAUUGAAGGUACCGGAGGGUCAACUAAUAUCACUGGUGGCUUUUUUCAGUGAGGGCCAAUUUUCCAACGCAGAGGAAAUUUAUUUAUUUUCUAUCAACGGUAUGGACCAUCUUUUAAAGUUAGGAGAAAAGAAGUGGACAUGGGAGAUGAUUCGUAAUACAAUCACAGUGAUUGCACUGGGAGUAGCUCAAAUAGCUUUGGGGGCAGUUAUAGAGUUGUACUCAGUGGGCCUUAUGACCCACGUAGGAGGAGCUUGCAUCAGCGAAGGAGUCAACGACAUCUUUUUCGCCGCCGGUGCCCUAAAGUCGGGUUAUUUCAGUUGGAAGGAAUACCGAGAGCAAAAGCUACAAAGUUUAAAAAUGACAAUUUUAUCAGCUGGCAUUGGUGCAUACCUUUCUCGAGGAGUCAAAGUGUCCCGGUACGGUUACAAACUCGCUGGUCCACAUUUGCAAGCCACUGGGAAGAAAAUAGCAGCCACCUGUGGCAAAGAGCUUAUUAAAGAGGUAGGUCGAGGAGUCAUCGUGAAGGAAGUUGCGAAGCGAAUCGCAUUGAAAACCAUCCACGGAAUAGCGUUUGGAAUGGCGAAUGCAAGUGUAGACUAUUUGAUGGAGAACUACCUGCGUACACUGUGCAGUGUGCUGGCCGCAAAGUUUUUUGAAGUUAUUGAAACUUCAACAGCGUAUCAAAGCGUUACUGCCACUUUGAAUGAAGUAUUCACGAAACUUGGGCAACAAGAAGCUAAAGAAGUGGUUUCUGUGGUGACCAAAGAAGUUUUCUCCGGAAAAGGACAGAUAGAAGAGCUCACUUCUACACUCCGUUCCUUUGCUGGCGGAGUGUUACAGGGUUUAGGUGCCGCCAUGAAAAAGCGCAGUAUGACGGACAAUCCGUUGGAGCUUCCAAUGCAGGCAAUAGGCAAAGCGUUGACUUUUUUGGAGUAUACUGAACACAUAAUUAAAAUGACUACUCUUACCGAAGUGUCAAUAUUGCAGUUGAACUAUAAGCUAAAUAAAGAAUUUAAGAAACGGCUUAAGAAAGGAAACCUUGCUUCUUUAGAGCAUAAUGCUGAUCUUGAGUUAGAGUGCAGCAGGUUCACUGAUGAUGCAAUAGCCAAUUGGAAGCAGCUGCUUCGGCAGCAAGCCGAACAGAUCAUCGAACAGCAUUUCGUUGCUCCAGUACUUAAGAAGGGUGUCAACUGUUUAGUUAUAUAUGCUGGCAAGCAAAUCCAGCGGAAGUAUCAGACAUACAAGGAAAAUAAAUAUUCUAAAUGUUUUGAAGAGUUGAAGGAGCAACACCAAGAAGAGCUAGCUAAAAUCGGUAAUCGAGAUGAUGCUGCACAGGCUGCAGAAAACCUCAAGGAGCAGUACCACAAAGAUCUCGUAAAAUUGAUGAAGAAGACCUGCAAUCCUAAGCUAUUUGCAGAUAUUUUGCGUGAAAAUGUACCGAUGGAUAUAACGUGCGUCGGAGCAUGCUCAAUUGCUAUAGCACAAAUAUUAAAAUCUAAGGGUAUCGAAAAUCCUUCAUUUACCAUUGUUGUUGAAACUGACGAUGGUCUAAGACAAGAAUUUUCAUCAAACCCUAAUGGAGAGAAGGGGGCUAUAAUUCCGUUGAUUCUUGAAAAUGGACACUUCCAGACUUUGGGAGAUUCUAUAACAGGUACCACAAACAACAACUGCUUGUGUACAGCUGUGCUGGGAAGUUUCGGCGUGCUAGGAGACGUGUCUGAGGAACAAUUGCGUGAUCAGAUUGCUAACACAGUUCAAACUGACCCGCGUAUAAUGAACCACAUUCAGCAAGGAUGGCACAAAUUUCCUUUAACUCGUGGUGCUUUUGGGGGACGAAGAGAUGUACCGAGUGGUAUAUAUGACGAUUUAGAUUCUGCCGAUAUAGAUGACAUGGAUGAAGAAAAAGAGAAUAAAAAAGAAAAACACUGUAAUGUAAACAAAUCAAAUACAACAAAUGAAGAUACAAUAUUUACAAAAACAAUCGCAAAAGAUGCAACGAAAGAUAAUGUUAAAGAUGCCAAGAACCCAGACAAAAUUAAACAAAUAUACAUAAAAAAUAAAAUAGAACAUACAAAAACAGAAAAAUCGCCUGAAGAUCAUAUCUAUCGGCGUUUUUUGGAUACAUUAAAGUAUGCAGCAACUGAAUGUGCCGUUUCGGUAUAUACCAAAAUAGACAUUGAAUUACUUACCAAUAAGACAGAAAAAGUUGUAUACAAAGAUAUAAAAAGCAGCGAACUAGGUGAUAAAAAUAUCGAUGCUGCACACGUUGUGGCUGCACCACAAGGAGAAAAUAGCGAACCUUUGAAGAAGCAUCCCGAAGCAGACUAUGUGCUUGCUAAAAGCAAAGGACAUACACAUCUAGUUAAUUUUAGAUUCAACAGAGGUCCAGUAGGAAAAGCAAUUGACACCUUACAACGCGACGAGCUAAACAAAUAUGAGCUACAAAAAAUUAAUAUGGAGAAGCCAACGGAAGAAAAUAAACGCACAAUAGCUCAGUUUAAACAGCAAUUUUUAGCUGUGUUGGAAAUUCAGGAAAAAAAUCCAAAAGCAUCUCAAUAUGAAAAAGAUGCCAUCAAAACGGCUAGACAGAAAAUUGAAAAUUAUGAACCAAAAGAAAUAUUCAAAACAAUUAAAAACACAUAUAACCAAAGCUUAAAAGAAAUGAAAGAGUUCAAACCUGAUAACAAUAAAUAUACCAUGGAAAAAUGAA